ACAAAAACAAGGCGGUUACCAAUGGCGGGUUCCACGAGCCUCGUGUUCCCCUGUUUCUGCCCUUCUCCUUCUCCGAUUCUGAAAAUUCAAUUUCUCUGAAACACACAGAAGAGAGAGAAGAAGACCCAGCGGACAAAUUUGCCCAGAUCUCCACCUUCACGAAUCCCCACGUUUCUGAAUUGGGAUUCUGUAGACUGUAAUAAAUCCAAAAACCCCAUUCUCUCUCUUUCUCUGUGUGUGUCUCUGAUUCUGUGCUCCUCGCAUGGACGGCUAUUACGCGUUCUCAUCGAUCUCAACGAUCAUUUCUGGAUCUGGAGUGGUUGAUGUUGCUAAUGAUGCUUCUACCUGUAUUUCAUCUCCAUCGACGAUGAUUUCGAGGGGUAUGCUGGUGUUGUGUAGUGGUAUUGGCCUAGGGUUUUGCUCUAGGGUUUUUCUGUGGUUUCUGUUACCAUGGGCUGUGGAGGAUCCAAGGUCGACGAGCUUCAAUUGGUAAAUCUUUGCAGAGAGCGGAAGGAGUUGAUCAAAGCCGCGUCUCGACACCGUUACGCUCUUGCCGCAGCUCACGUUACGUAUUUUCAGUCCCUCAAAGACAUUGGCGAAGCCAUACGCAAAUUUGUCGACGAAGAGAUCGUGAUCUCUGGUGUCGAUUCAUCAUCAUCCCAUGGCUCUCCCGUCCUUACUCUGCCCUCAGAUGAAGGAAAGGGGAAGAGGAAGAAACCGAAAUCGGGUGAGAAACACGGAAACUCAUCAUCUUCGACCUCUAUUUCACAUUCCGUUUCGAUUUCGCAUGAGCACUCUCCUCAAGAGGACGAGAUCGAAGGUUCUCACUUGCAUAUAUCUUCUGGAUCGGAGACUGAAUCUCUUCACAACUCUUCGGGUCAUAUUCAUAUAGAGGAUAGCCCAGAAGAAGAUGGAGGUUAUAGUCAUAGCCAUCCUCCUUAUGCUUACCCACCAAGUGAUUGGAAUCCUCCGGUGAAUACAUACGCCUACUAUAUGCAGAGGUCAACCACUCCAGCGACGACUGUAACGUAUGAUGGGCCGGAAACACAUACAGCUUCAGAUGGGCCGUGGCCUGAUCCGUCCUACAGUUAUUCGGCAUAUCCCCAGUAUGGAAAUGGAGGUUUCUUUGGGUAUUCAAUGGGUUCACCACCGAAUUAUAACCCAUAUAAUCAGCAACCGAGCCGCCCUGCUCCUCCACCGCCUCCGCCUUCUCCCCCGAAGGUCUCUACUUGGGAUUUUAUCAAUGUUUUUGAGGGCUAUGAUUAUGGUUACCCGGAUUAUAAUUCGCAGAAUAGAUAUGGGUAUGGUUCUAUUCAGAGCAGUCCUGAUUCCAAUGAAGUGAGGGAGAGGGAAGGAAUACCUGAGUUGGAAGAUGAAACAGAGCCCGAAACUCACGAGAGGAAGAAAUUGAAUGUGGAAACAGUGGAUAAAAAUAUGAAUUCAGGGGAGGGGACUUCAAAUUUUGUUCCACCACGAAGUAGCGAGGACAGUUCGAAUUCAGUGCCAUUACAAAAUAGUGGUAGCUCUGUGUUAUCUAAAGAACAGGGAAUAAAUAACAGUCCCGAUACAAUUGUGUCGAAGAAGUUGGAAGAGGAGGAGCCUGUGGAGAAGAAAGAGGUGAGUUUCGAGAUUGAGGAGACUUCGACGUUGGAUAUCGAAUCUUCUAAGAAAAGUAAUUUAGCCACAUUCAUUGCCCAUGGUACAAGGGACAUUCAGGAAGUUGUUAAUGAAAUUAAGGAUGAAUUUGAAGCUGCUUCUAGCUACGGGAAAGAGGUUGCAAUGUUGCUUGAAGUGGGGAGUUUGCCUUAUCGGUCUAAGAUCACUGUACUUAAAGUUGUUCUUUCUCGGAUCCUGUAUUUGGUGGCCCCUUCCGCAGCAUCCUCUCAGCCGCCACUGGUUUGGUUGGACUCUAAAACAGUAAAAAUGGCAAAAGCGUACUCUGGGUCUGGCAGUUCUGGCAAUGAGUUUAACUUGAAAUCUGGGAAUCUUUCAACUACGCUGGAGAAGCUUUAUGCAUGGGAGAAGAAACUGUACAAGGAAGUUAAGGAUGAAGAAAAGUUACGUGUUAUUUAUGAAAAAAUGUGCAAGAAGUUGAAAAGAUUAGACGACCGUGGAGCUGAUUCCAACAAAAUUGAUGCUACUCAUGCCUCCAUUAGAAAAUUAUCAACCAAGAUCGACAUCUGUAUCAAAGCCGCUGAUGCCAUAUCAAGCAGGAUACAUAAGUUACGGGAUGAAGAAUUGCAGCCUCAAUUAACUGAACUGAUUCACGGGUGGAUGAAAAUGUGGAGGUCUAUUCUAAAAUGCCACCAGAAACAAUUUCAGGCAGUCAUGGAGAGCAAGAUUCGCUCGUUAAAAGCAAGAACUGGUUCUCGAAGAGAUGAGAGUUUGAAAGCUACUCUGGAUCUUGAAAUGGAACUUCUCAAUUGGUGCACAAGAUUUAACAAUUGGAUUCGCACCCAAAAAGCUUACGUUGAAUCCUUAAAUGGAUGGCUCCGACGAUGCCUUAACAAUGAACCUGAAGAAACCGCCGAUGGGGUCGCUCCUUUUUCACCAGGUCGAAUGGGAGCCCCGCCAAUUUUCAUAAUUUGCAACGAUUGGCACCAAGCUAUGCUUGAAAUCUCAGAAGAUAAAGUGGUAGGCGCCAUUCAUGGUUUUGCUUUAAACUUGCAUGAGUUAUGGGAAAGGCAAGACGAGGAACAACGUCAGAGAAUCAAAGCCAAUUUUGUCUAUAAGGAUUUUGAAGAACACCUUAGAGCCUUAAAAAUGGAGAGGAUGAUAGCACGUGACCAAGACGACGCAUCGCAAAAAACUGCCCUGACUAAAGUUCCUUCUGAAAGUGGAGUUUCACCACCGGAUGAUCUGAAAGUUAAUUUGGGUUCAUUGAGGAAGAAGUUAGAUGACGAGAGAGCAAAACACAAGGAUGCCAUCAAACUGGUUCAUAACGCUGCUUCGAAUAGUAUACAGGCCGGCUUGGUUCCCAUUUUCGAGGCUUUGGAAAAAUUUAGUUCUGAGGUCAUGAAGGCUCAUGAACAAGUCAGGCUUUAAAACUCAUGAAAGGCUAGUUCCUGAAAUACAAUUUGGCUCCAAGUAUCCUCGUCGGAUUCACUUACAGGUACAUGGUCUACCACAUUUUGCUCCGAAUCGAGUUGCAUGGGACUGGACUAUAGCAGGCCGACUGCAAUCGGGGGAUACGCGACGACAUACAACACUUGCACAUCCUGAAAAUCCUGGUAUGAAUUUAUUUCAAAUUCCCCUCCCAUUCAUGUACAUAUACAAGCCAAUGAGAUCACCUGAUGUGCAUGUAUAUUACUAGGCUGGCAGAAGGAAGCCAUGGAAAUGAAAAAUGAAGAGAGAGAAGGUAGAAGUGAGAGUUUUGCAGAAGGAAGUUGGAUUAUAAUUUUGAAGAGAAGUUAGAUUAUAGAGGUGUGUGGGAUUUAAUGAUGGUGGUUGUUGUUGUGAUUGAUGCUUUGAAGAGCUGUGAAGAUGGUGCUGAGGAGCUGAAAAUUUGUUUUUGGUUGAUUAAUUUAGCAGCUGCAUAACAGGAAUGUUGUAUAGAAAUUCAUUUAUUGGAGAAUUUGUUGUACAAGUUUACAUUACAUUAGGUCCUAGAAUGUCCAGAUGGAAGAACUAACCCAAAUUUU